CUGAACUCAGGGAAAAGAGGAACAACCGCCACAACGUCGUCAUUGACCGGCGACGCACGAUAUUAAUGUAAAUGUCGUCAAAGCUCUUCAUGAACUGCACGAUUAUCUGAUUUAACACUGGAUAGUUUGUGACAUGGCCUCUAAACGACGUCAGGGUGAGAGUGACAGAGCAGAGAAGAAGAAAAAGAAGAACUGUGAGGAGGCAGCGCAACUUAGUUCAGUCGUAGAAGACGAGCAAGUGACGAGGGCUGUGAAGGAGGCAUGGAGCCAGAGGACUUACUACAGCCAGGGAGAUCUGGACCUGGACUGCCACCCUUUCCCUCACUGCAUCAUCAGGAACUUCCUCAGCAGCGAGACCUUCCUAGAGAACCUGCAGAGAGAACUGCUGGGGCUCAAUUUUCACGAGAAGUCAAACGAUCUGUACAAAUUUAAACAGUCAGAUGACUUGAAGAAGAGAAGGGAGCCACAUAUCGCAGGACUGAGGGAAGUUCUGUUUGGCCGUUUCCGCUCCUGGCUCGGGCAGUUGUUGGGGGUUGAACUUGAGCCUACGGUGGAUAUUUCCUGUGCCAGAUAUGAAUACACAGAUGUUCUUUUGUGUCAUGAUGAUGAAUUGGAAGGGAGACGUGUUGCUUUCAUCCUGUAUCUUGUGCCUUCCUGGCAGAGCAGUGAUGGAGGAACCCUCGAUCUUUACUCCACAGACAGUAAUUUUCAGCCACUGAGUAUCGUGAAGUCGCUCGUGCCCUCCUCGAACACGCUCGUCCUUUUUGAAGUUUCUCCAGUCUCCUUUCACCAAGUGUCAGAGAUUUUGACAGAGGACAAGUGUCGCCUGUCUUUGAGCGGCUGGUUUCACGGACCAUCUUUGGAACGUCCUCCACGCUACAUAGAGGCCCCCAUCCCACGGAGCCCACACUUACCCAGAGAUGAAACGGUGCUGCUGGAGUGGGUCAAUCCAGUCUACCUGGACAUAUCCUAUCAGGAGCAGAUUCAGGAGGAGUUUGAGGACAGCUCUGAAAUUCAACUCAAAGGUUUUCUAAAGGAGGAGAAGUUCAGAGAGGUGAGUGAAGCACUGCGACUCACUCAGAUUCAGUGGACAAAGAGGGGCCCGCCCAAUAAGAGAUGCUAUGAAGUGGCUUCUGUGGAUAGCAUGCCACAGUGUGUGAGAGCAUGUUGGGAGCUGCUUCAUUCAGAGGCCUUCUUCCUGCUUCUCUCAAACUUCACUGGCCUUCGGCUGCACUUCCUGUGUCCUGCUGAUGAUGACGACGAUGAGGGUAAAGACGAAGGGAAAGAGGAUAAGAAGGAGCAAGAGGACAUACGUGACGGAGAAGCCACGGGUUCUUCAACCGAAUCACAAACUGCAAAUACAAGCAGAGAGAAAGGUGUGCAGAAGUCUCUUCAGUCUAUUCACCUGUGUGUGUGUGUGUGUGUAUUGACCUUAAUUUGUUCUUUAGAGUUGAGCACGCCUGUAUGUUGUGGUGAACUGCGUCGAUGGUCUCAUGGCGGCUACACUCUGUUGCAUGAUGGAGAAGUGGCACGAGCAGAGUACGCUCUGGACCUUGUUUUGCCUUUUUGUGGUGAAGACUGGCAGCCAGAGUUUGGGGGCUUCACGUGUUAUGUUGCAAAUGAAGAGGAUGAGGAGCUUCUGACAGUGUAUCCAGAGGACAAUUCCCUCGCCCUUGUCUACAGAGACAAAGAAACCCUCAAAUUUGUCAAGCACAUCAGCCACAAAAGCUCCUCCAAUUCUGCCAACAGUUCGACCAGCAGAGCAUCAUAUGACUUCUCUUUUGUGUACUAUGAAUAAAUAUAUACUGUAUAUCUGUG